ACAACGGCCAGCCGAGAACGUCGAUCACCAGUACGUGAGACGUCACUGGCAGGAUAGGAUCUCCUCGCCUCCGGAUGUGCGUGUGCCGGCGUAAAUUUUCUUCCUUCUAUUCGUGAAAAGGAUUUUCUUCGCGAAAGAUCAGAGAACUUCUUAUCAAAAUUGGACGAGCCUUAAUGUACGACCUUGUAAGUGUUGACCAAGUGAAAGAAAGUUAUGUACCGUGCGAACGUGUUAUAAUAUAAAAAAAAAAAAAACCACAUUCCGUGUGUAGAUGUUAAAUUUUGGGAAAAGAGAGCGAUAUAUGCAUGAUGACCCGGAGAGAACGUGUCCCGCCUGAUAAUAGGAACGUCAGGAUGGCACUGCUCAAAAUUUCGAGAUGAAUUCGACGCCGCUGCAAUUCAUUCGUGAGUCUUCGAGAUGGUGCAAGCGCAGUCUGCGUUCUUAUUGACGGGACGAGGAACGCCAGCAAACGCGGUCGACCGCCCAAACGAAUCGAUAAACUGGUGCGAGGUGGUGUUGCGGAGGUGGAGUAUUUUCAAAGUCUAGCUACCCUGAACGGGCUAUCCUGAAGAGCGUCCAGACUGACUUUCGUGGAGCGAAAAUCGCAUGGCGCGAUCAAGAUGAUGACUUGUUGGGUCCUCGUCGGGGUCCUCGUGGCUGUCGUACUUCUUUACGGCCUCAUCGAAUUUCACUAUUUCCUGCGCCUAUUUUUUACCGUCUUCCUCGCACGUUACUGCAAAAAAAGGGUGCACAUUCUCGACGAGACUGUGAUCUACGGAAUUUGCACCACCACUGACGUAGAUGCGCUCUUGUAUCAUAUGAACAACGCGAGGUAUUUUCGCGAGCUCGAUUUUGCAAGAAUUGACUUCUACGAGAGAACUGAUCUAUAUCGAGAGGUUUGCUCUCAAGGUUCAGGUGUAGUACAGGGAGCUGCCACCAUACGCUAUAGACGUUUCAUCAAGCCGCUAACGAUCUUUAAAAUAACAUCAAAGAUUAUUUAUUGGGACGAAAGAAGCUUUUUCAUGGAGCAUCGGUUUAUUACGCCGAGCGAUGGUUUUAUAAGAGCGAUCGCAAUUUGUAGGCAGAGACUUCUCGAUUGUAGUGCCGAUACCGUCAUUGGUGCUCUAUUGAACCGAAGAGUGAAACAGAACGGAAGUGUCGAAGCAGGUGUAACGCAAGUAUCUCCAGUACGGCCGGAGAUGCCACUUGAAGUGAAGAGGUGGAUGGAAAGCAAUGAGAUAUCUUCGGCGACGUUGAGACAGGAUCCAAUCACGGUGACAACGCGUUGCUGACAAAUGGACGUCGCGACGUCCAGCGGUGGCGUCGUCUUGGCACCAAUAUACACAACCACGACUGUGUAACAAGCGAAAUCUCGGAAUAUGAUAUUCCUGAUCUUCAUCCUUGAUUAUCGAGCGACGGAUGUUGUCCUAGCGAAAUUUCUGGAAAUCGAUUAAUCUCGGUGGUUUCUCGCGAGCGUUUUUAAUUACUUUUGACACGAAGCUGAGCGAAUGGCCUUCGAACAAAAUUAGCGAUAAAAACAACCUACGAUGAGCACGAUGUUUAGUAAUCGAGACGGAAUGAGAACAAUUAAUAUAUAAUCACAGCGAGCGAUUAUUUCUUUCUAGUAUUUCUAUCGAGACAUGAGCUAGUUGAAUUCUUAGCAAAAGAAAGUGAUUAUAGGUAAAUUCUUAAAAAGAAGUUUUUAGAAGAAGAAUUUAAGCUCAAAAUCGUUUUUUUUUGUUACCU